UUUUAUUUUGUAAACCGGGAAGCAGGAAAACAAAAAAGCCCAUACUGUAUUCACAUCAGAGCGAUCAUCUUAGUUAAUAGACAUUUAAACAAACACCUUAUAGUUCAUUGCUAACUGACAGAAUGGCGAGCUGGGUAUCAACAAGCGGGUCAAGCAUACCACCCGAGGCAGUAAGAGCUGGAUAUGAGGCUGACGGAAGACCACUUUUUAUUGCAAGGGCUAUCAUGAGUGGCACCAUGACACCCGGGAAAUGCGGGUAUCAUCUUGAUGGAGCCCGUAUUCCAUAUGCCUCGAGUGAGCACAUCGUUAAUUGUUAUGAAGUUCUAGUUUUUCCUUCAAUUAGUAAUGGGUUUUUAGAUUGGCAGAAAUGUUCUAACGGCUACGUGCCAGACAACGCUUUCAAGACGGACGACGGGAUCUAUGUCGGUAGAGCGUACCAUGAAGGGAGCCUAGUGCCAGGGAAAAUCCACGUUUCUCACAAAACUGCCUACGUCAGUUAUGGGGGAGAUGAACACGCUAUUAAAGAUUACGAGGUGCUCACGGAGGUCAAAUGAAGUUUCUACGACGAUUAAAACAAUUCUGAAAUGAAAUCCAGCUUAUCGGUCUUGUUUUUGUACCUCAGAAUAACAUCUAUCAAUAUUAUCUGCAUGUUCUCUUCAUUUUUUUUUUAUUUUCUUCUCUCAAAGUAAAAGCAAUAAAGAUUUUAUUCAUCUUGCA